AUGUCCUCCGUUACCACUGGCAGCUCUUUCUAUGCUGCAGUGUUAUUGGUGCUGUUGUUAACAGUUACGCAAUGCGGAAACUCCAAGUUUCCAAAUCUUCACUGUGACAAUGUCUGGGAUGGGCCCAGUGCUCAAAAUGAAAUUAUGAAGUGUCUGAAAGAUGCAGAUCUCAUGAAAGGCCAAUGGCAGAAGAUUGCAUUUCCGGUUGCUGCUGCUUUCAUUAUCGUGGCAACAUUAGUUGCUUUCCCCAUAUCUUGCUUUCUUACAUGCCUGUGUUCCUCCCGUUGCAAGCCUUCCUCUAAGGACGGAGGUAAGGAACAACGUUGCUGCCUUUGGAUGUGGAUUAUGUUUGCUUUAAUAUGGGCUUUUGGUGUUGCUGCAUUUGUGUUCUUUGGAGCCCGGCAGCUUGAGACAGCUGCCACUACCCUCAUAAUGAAAACGGUGGAAAAUCCAAUAAAUUUCCUAGACUGUACUGCAGAUAAGAUUCUUGAUUUAGCGUAUGACUGGAGUGCAAAGCGGCCGUUACAGAAUGGAAUUAGUCGCGAAACGAUAGAUAGUGUUGUUGGUCUUGCUAGGGGUUAUGUUCGGGAGGGGAGGGCAACCUAUGAACAAUACGUACAUUGGGUUCCCACUGUUUCUUUCUGCAUCGGAACUUUUGCGGUUUCCUUGAUCGUUCCCAUGUUUGUGUUCGCUUACUUUCACUGCUGUAGCAAGUGGUUACCGCGGUUGCUCUCGUGUGUUUAUUGGCUAUUUGCAAUCCUGUUUAUGGCGCUUGGUUUUCUCAUGAUUCUGUUGUCGUACGCUGUUGGAUCCAUCUGUGGUGAAAUUGCUUUGCACUACGAUCGGAGCCCGGGAUUGAUUCAAUGGUAUGCUUUACCCAUGUGUCAAGAAAAGUUUAAUUUUGCCAAUCUUAACGAGAUGGUUUUCAAUGCCCAGAAGGAUGUGUCGCAGAAGGCAUGUGAACAAAUUCUCGAGUACUGUGAUGGAGAUGCAUCUGAACUCGGUGAUAUAACUGGUGUGGGAGGAGUGGCUGCCCUUCUUGGAAGGAAUCUCCCACCCGGAUUGGACCCAAAAUCUCUACCAGCUAACUUGAAACCAGAGGACUUUGAAAACGAAAGAGAAUUGGAAGCUAAAUUUGGACCCAACAUACCCGGAGUCGCUGGUAAUCCUAACACCCGGCGUGAUUUCCCUCUCGUUGCAGCUGGGACUGGUGGGUUGCGGUACCCUCGUGAAGGCAAUGGGGACCUAGCACACGCUAAACUCUCUGAGCUUUACCGUGCAUUACCUCAUUCAUCUGAGAAGUACCUGAAAUGUGGAAAGGAUCUUAAGAAUGCCACUGAAUGUUCGAGUUUUGGUUUUACUGCUGCUGUCAUCAGUGACACAAAGGUUAAAGGGAAGCUUUUCGUCUGCCCAGAGGUUGGCAGGGCAUGCACUCUGCAAGAAUGUGCGACUAGCUGUGGAAGGAAUGAAGCUAAGGAAAUGGCAAAUAAACUUGUUACUAUUGCAGGAUUAGCAACUAAUGUAAGUAUUGCACUUUCCAUUGGUCGUCCGCUACUGGAAUGCAACUUCAUAUUUGAUACCGUACUGACAGCUUUGCCUAACUGUGCCGACAUUUUUGGCAGCACGAUGAUGCUUGCUGUUGGAUUUUUCCUGGGUGGUAUGAUGUUUGCGCUGUCCAUCUAUAUACUACUUCGUGGUUCCUGUAUUUGGACUAAUUUGAAAAGUCAAGAUGAAGACGAAGAAGAGGAGUAUGAGGAUGAGGAUGAAGAGGAUUGCGGAAAAAAAAAUAAUAAUAAUCAUGAAGAGACCAAUGACUGUGAAGGGUAUGGGAAGAAAGAAGAACAGUAA